AUGACUCAAGCAAAUAACGCGUACUCAAACGAGGCUGCCGACACCUGGUACCCAGAUACGACAGAGAUGUAUAUAAAUUGUGAAGAUGUAGUUUGUCCUGCUACUUGUGAUGAUGUAUCCGAGAAGACGAAUUGUGCAGAGUGUGUUCCUGGUUGUCAGUGUGCUGAAGGUACAGUUGAACAAGAUGGAGAAUGUGUGGAUGUAUCUAAAUGCAGAUGCCCAUUUGAUAUAUGUAUAAAAGUACAAUGUGGGCGAGGGGGUCCAGAAGGACCUGGUGGACCUGGAGGUCCUGGAAGACCAGGCAGGCCUGGUGGUCCCGGAGGACCAGAUUGCCUAACUCUAAAAUGUGAGACAUUACCACCCAAUGUUGGUGAACCUGAUGGCCCUGUGGGACCAGGUGGACCAGGUAGCCCUGGAGGACCUACAUUAUCUGCUGAAGAGAAAGAAAAAUUGAAAAUACCUGAAAUUAUUGGGAAACCAAGUGCCCUGGGGACCUGUGGGUUCUGCUGGCCCUCGUGGUCAAGAGGCCCUGGUAGACCAGGAGCUCCAGAUGGCAGAGAGUUACCUACAGAUGUUACACUUAUUCCAGAUAUUGGGGAACCAGAUGUUCUUGGUGAUCCUGGAGGUUCAGGUGGACCAGGAAGACCCUGGUGGCCCAGAAAGCACUAG